GAGAUUUGAGGUUAUGGUUGUAUUUUGAAUUUGUGUUGACAUUCUAUUUUCUAUUCUCUAGAAGAAAUAAGAAAUUGGACUACAUCGAGGACGAGGACUACAUAAUUUUAUUUAGUGAAUAAAAUGAUUGAAUCAUGUCCUAAAAAGCGCAUGGUACUAAGCAUAACAGUAUUAGGAAUAAUAACACUUUUAGUUCUCCUGAUUGAAUCACAUUGGACAGAAUCUAAAAAAUCUAAAAGAUCAAACUUUGUUGUUGAGCAAAAUUCAACUUGCUGGGAAAAGGACAAAUAUGAAGUUAUAACAGAGUGUGAACCUUGUUCAGCAUUUGAAAUAAGAAGUAAGAAUAUUGGUGUCUGCAUACACACUCACUACAAGGAAGUCUUGAGGUGUGCUAAUGGUGAGACAGUCACAAGAAGUUGUGACAGGGCUGCCUAUUUUGAUGAAUUAGCCUUUUGGAGAUUUGAAGGUUUCACAUUCUUUGUGGGUCUCAUAUCCACCAUUUGUGUAGUUGCUAGGAAGAAAGUCUUGAAUAAACGAAUGCUACAGAGGGUCCAAAGGCAGCUAGCCAACUGUGUCUAAGAAGAUGACUAAAGAUCAACUGUAUAUCUCUGCAUACCAAAAAUCACCAACAGUCUAUGUAGUGAAUAUUGAAACCUAUGUAAUACUCUCCAUUUUUAACAUAGAAGAAACAGAAGUCAAUUUGCUAGUUGUUCUUCAGAAUGAACCCCCCAUGGAUCCCAAUCUUACCAUAAACUUUUCUACUCUGAAAUACAGUUUCACCUCAGAUAUCCCUGAAGUAGCAUUAUUUGCAGUUUGGCCAGUUAUUGUUGCAAGACAGCAAAUAAUUGCUGGACUAUGCUCUGUAGCAAGAAGCCUUAUCAGAACUGCUAAAAAAUUAGAUUUACUUGGUUUUCGUGAGGCAUGUCUCAUGGCAUGUUCUGAAAGUUCCAUAUGGACCAGGUUUUGUGAAAUUGAUAUCAUACAAACCACAAAAACAAUAGUGAAUAAUGGGUAUUAUGAGAAUGCAAAAUUUUCCUUGCCUGUUGACUUAGCAAAGUUUGAAUAUCACCUAUCAAGACCAGUGAGAAUACACAAUGUCUAUAAGGUAGCUAGAGAAAAAAACAAUAAAAAGGACAUCAAAUCUAGUGUCCCUGUUGAAGAUCUGAACUUGGAACACACUUUCAGUGAAGGACCUUUCAUGACUCUAGCUGAUGUAAUUUUGUACCACUGCUUCAGAGUGAUCUUCGCAACUGCCCCAAAAAACAUUAGUGACAAAAUUCCACUGAGUGUUCAGUGGUACAACCAAAUGAAAACCCAGUGUUUACCAGAAUUGGAAACAGAACUUCUACAAGGACAAGAAUGUCUUGACAUUGUGGAACCUAGCUUUACUAAAGAGAGCUUGUAUACAUCAGAUCCCUCUAGAUACAGACCAGAGAAACGCAUCUACACUAAACAGUCUGAAAUAGAAUCAUCAUUGAAACAGCUAUCUCAUAUUAAGAACCUGAUUACUAACAGUUUGGUGCCUUAUGGUGAAGAAGUUGAGUUUGACUGGUCCAAAAUUCCAGUUGAAGCAAACCCUGUUGGUGGCAAAUUACCUGAGAAGAGAGCUGCAAGAAAAUUUGAACAGCUUGAGAACCUUGCCAAAGCUGUUGUUAAGCUAGCCAAUGGGAAGAAAUGUCGCAUUGUUGAUUUUUGCAGUGGCAGUGGACACCUUGGUAUCCUAGUUGCUUAUUUAUUGCCUGCCUGUGAGAUAAUCCUAGUUGAAAAUAAAGAACAAUCUCUAUCUAGAGCUAAAGAAAGGAUGGAGAUACUGAAGCUCGCAAACAUAACUAUUGUACAGUCAAACUUGGAUUAUUACAAGGGCAAAUUUGACAUAGGGGUUGCCCUUCAUGCCUGUGGGGUGGCUACUGACUUAGUGAUUCAAAGUUGCAUGCACAAUAUGGCCCAUUUCGUGGUGUGUCCUUGCUGUUAUGGAGGAGUGAAAAACUGUCAUCACCUCAGCUACCCUCUUAGUGAUGAUUUUAAGUACCUAACUUAUGGGAGUUAUUUGAAUUUUGCUCAUGCUGCUGAUCAAACACAUGAUUUGGACAAUGUUAAGACACAGCAAGGUUAUUUUUGUAUGGAUAUUGUUGAUACUGAUAGGAGGUUGUACUCUGAGAGCUGUGGGUAUGAGGUGCAUUUAGGGAAAUUGCAACCUACUAGUUGUACAAACAAAAAUAAUUUGUUAGUUGGGAUUUUUAAAGGAGUUAAUUAAAGUCAUUUAGUAGAUACAAUAUUGAUUUUAUGUUAUUCACAUCUCAACAAAAAUGGGACCAAAAUGAAAGGUACUUUUUGAAUCUAUAAGGACGGAAAGUGAAGGAUGGAAACUGCUGACGUGAGGAUCAGAUUUUAAGUUAGGUUAGGUUCGUGAAUAAUUAUUUGAUCAUAAUGAAAUAUUGAAAAUCAUCAAUUGUUGAUAAUACCACAGUAUAGUACCUUUGUGCAGGUCAAUACAU